AUUGCUGAGGUGACGGGUUUCCCGGUUGGAUUUCACAUAAACGGAAUUACAGUUUUAGAAAUGGCAUCCACCAGUCAGGCCGGCGAACCAAACGCAACGCACGAAGACAUCUCGACGACAAGAAGAUCUAUCAAAGCAAUUAUCGACAAGUUCACACACAAGGAAACGAUCUAUUACAAUGUAGAAUGGAAUGAAUCAAAAAACUCUUGGGAGCCAAAAAAAGAUAUCCCGUGUGAAAUGAUAGAACAAUAUGAAAAAAAUCCUCCAACGCACACCAAAGAAAAAGACAUCAUUUUGGGCUACAAGUUAGAAGAAAAAAAAAUGACGUUUUUAAUACGGCCUAAGAAUGAGACUGAAGCAGAUUUUUUUCCUUCGGAAAUCGCCAACAUAAAAUACCCUCAAGCUGUGAUUGAAUUUUAUCAGGGCAUUAUUAAAUGGACUUGAAUUAUCCUCCUUUAUAAAUUUAACCAGUAUUAACUCUAUC